UGAAUCUGAAGUGAGCCAGAAGCUGACCAGAUGGAGGUUUGGUGACUGGAAAACUACUUAGCCUCUCCAAAAGCAGAGGGGAAACUAUAGCGGCCAAAGAGAGAGGGGAGCCCCGAAAGGAGACUGGGAGGACAGCUGACCCAGGUUCCAGCGGGCGGGCACAGACCUCUGUUGCCACCACAUCCAUUUCCCCUUCUCGCCGCGGAUGCUCCUGCAGGCUGACUGACAGCGGCUGGUUCAAGAAGUAGCAGGGGACUCUCCACCCCUGCCUCGACCAUGCAACAGAAGAGCAAGAUGAAAAUGCUGCUGGUCGUCGUGGUGGUCCAGUUCGCUGCCAUCAUCCUCUUCUUCCAGCUGCGGAGCCACCGCCAAGGCCCCUCCCCGGAGGAGGAGCCGGGGGGCCGCGUGCACGUGCUCGUCCUGUCCUCGUGGCGCUCGGGCUCCUCCUUCGUGGGGCAGCUGUUCAGCCAGCACCCCGACGUCUUCUACCUGAUGGAGCCCGCCUGGCACGUGUGGGAAGCCCUGUCUCAGGGCAGGGCCGCCGCGCUCCACAUGGCCGUGCGGGAUCUGGUACGUUCCGUCUUCCUCUGCGACAUGGACGUCUUCGACGCCUACAUGGGCCCCGGCUCCAGGAAACAGUCCAGCCUCUUCCAGUGGCCGGUCAGCCGGGCCCUGUGCUCCCCGCCCGCCUGUGGCCUGUUCCAGCGGGAUGACAUCAUCAGCCAGAUCGACUGCAACACCGUGUGCGGCAAAGCGCCCUUCGGGGUGGUGGAGGAGGCCUGCCGCUCCUACAGCCACGUGGUGGUCAAGGAGGUGCGCUUCUUCAACCUGCGGGUCCUCUACCCGCUGCUGACCGACCCCUCCCUCGACCUGCACGUCGUCCACCUGGUGCGCGACCCCCGGGCCGUGUUCCACUCCCGAGAGGGCACCGGCGAUUACCUGACGCGGGACACCCGGAUCGUGCUGGGGCGGCAGUGGGAGAGCACCAAGGAGGAGGACCGACCCUACCGGUUCAUGCAGGCCGUCUGCCAGAGCCACACGGAGAUCUACGAGGCCGCGCGGGCCCUGCCCGCCUCGCUGCGGGGCCGCUACCUGCUGCUGCGCUACGAGGACCUGGCCCGGGCCCCGCUGGCCCAGGUCUCCCGGCUCUACAACUUCACGGGGCUCCACUUCCUGCCUCGACUUCAGCUGUGGGUGCAAAACGUCACCCGCGGCCGGGGCCUGGGGCAGCACCCGUUCCACACCAACGCCCGGAGCGCUCUCAACGUCUCCCAGGCCUGGCGCUGGUCCCUGCCUUACCAGAAGGUGGUCCGCCUGCAGAACAUCUGCAAGGAGGCCAUGGCCCUUCUGGGCUACCGGCCCGUCCUGUCUGAGCAGGAGCAGAGGGACCGCUCACUGGACCUGCUGACCGCCACGAGACCCUCGCAGCCGAGCGGCCCGGAGCCCUGAGCUGAAGCUACGUUCCUCCCAGCAAUCCGACCUCAGCAAAGGGCACCGGGAACUAUCCGAUCCUGGACAUAACCACCCUCUCUGGGUACACAGACACUCUAAAUGUGUUUAGCUACAUGUGCCUAAUCAGAGACGGUUUUAAGUGUUUCUCCUAGGUCCAUAAAUAUUUUGCCAUUUUGCUUCGGUGGCAAAUGAAACCGUACGUAAGAUUGAAAAAGAAACAGUAGAGAAAUACAGGAGAGCGGCGGAAAAGAGAAGGAACAAAUAAAGUUGGGUUUUUUUUUAAAGAAACUCCUCAUAGGAUCAUAACGACAGGGACAGGGCAAAACCAAAGCAGUGUGAACUCAGAGGUCUGAAGUCGGGCAAGUUGCUACCCUUCCUACUCUUGGUAGCAUAGAUAACACUUUAACCCUACUUGAAAUCAACGAAGAAUUCAGAUACCUCCCAUUGAGGGAUUAGCUGCAGCAUAGAACACAAAACUCAAGUUGCCACUUUUGGUAGAACAGACCACUUUAACCUUACUUGAAACCCAAUACCAUCACGAUGGGGAAAGCUGGCUGCCACGCCACACCAGAACUCCCCUUUUCACAGGUCUGUAUGCCCCUCUACAAUCCUAAGUCUGAAAGUCUGAGAAGCAGCGUGACUUAACGGAUAGAGCACGGGCCCAGGAGUCAG